AUGAAGUCGAGGUUCAAUAAAACGAAGCGACUUAACAAUGCCUCGUCAGUACAAGUCAUGAAUGAAAUAUUGUUUGAGUUCAUCAAAAAGUUCGCGAAAUCGUCAUUGCUCACGAGCAUGUUUGCCUGGCCGACGAUUUUCCUCGGUGAAAAAACGUACCGUCCUGUGCUUGGAGAUGCAAGCGAUCACCAUAUUGAAAUACUUAAAGGCUCUGGUAUGCAAGUAAUGUCACUGGUAGUUUCACAGGGUUCAGAUUUUACAUUUGGUGAUUUGAUUACAUUUUCUGUUGUGAAUAGCAAGGGAGACAUCGUUGCAGUGACGCGGGAUGAACUGAGUACUUUCAAAGUUUUUAAACGUUCAGGGGAAAGUCGUAUUCUAUGUGAAGCUCCCAGGGAAGAGCAUACGUCAGAAUGCUACGUUAGGUCGAUGGAAAUCGAUGCUGAAGAUAACCUAUACGUCAUCACUGGAUUAAAAUCAAUGAUGAAUCAUGGAGUUUGA